UGGGGAGAGCAUUGCUCCUUGCAAACGAUAGCUGAACAAUUCCAUGUCUCAGUGGAUGCACUCCAAGGGUACCGUUUUCUCACUCUCUUCCUUCUCGCUGGAAUCCGCAAUGGGUAGAUUUACUGCAGACUUCAAACCUGUCAACACCCAAAUGUGUGACACCAGUUCUCAACACAUGUGAAAGAGCUAAGCUGAGGGACACGAUAAUAUAUAGCAGGGGAAGGAGACAGAAGUUCUGCAAAAUACAUUUUGCUCAGCAUGUAAAAGUUUUCAAUGUACUUCGUUUUGAAGCCGAGCAAUGCUGUUAUCAGCCUGCAGUUAUCAAGGAGCUGGGACAGUAUGUCAGGAGCUGGACUCUGUGAGUCUCCCCCGUGUUGGUGUUACCACUAACAGGCUCUUCAUCCAAACUGUAAAGAUUUGAGCUCAAAAGCUGAACAACUGCAUGAUGCCUGCUUAACUUUAGAGCACUUGCCUAAGCACAAGAUCGCAGAAACUUUGCAUGGGAGCAGCUGGAGCUGCCUGCACGAAGCAGGCUGCUGCUCUAUUCUCACCUGCUGAAACAGCACAAGGGAGAACAGGGAGAAGAGAGGAGCUGCGCAUGCCUCCACGGGACAGGGACAGGGACAGGGACAGGCAGCAAACACUCGUCUGUGACCCCCAGAGCUCUUCAGAGACCCUCGGAGAGCCUCACCCCGCGCUGGGAAGCACGCACAGCUGGGCAGAGCCAAUGUAAAUAGUUUGGGGGAAAGUAAUGAAUAUGCGUAGUGAUUCUAAAACAAAUACAUGAAUAUGCAACAAGUGAUACUGGUGUACCCUACCGGCGUGCAUGGCUGGCGGCACGACCCCCAUGCACCCGGCUCCGUGACAGAAAGUGCCCGCUGGUCAGCGUUACGCUGACGUGAAGGGGCUUUCCCCCGGGGCUCAGUGCCACCGGAGUGUCAGAGGAAUCCGUCCCCGCUUACACAGCGGAGAGUUUUACGAGACGGAGGCUUAUUAAAACCCUUUACGAGCCCCAGCCCCGAGCUGAGGAAGCCAGCGUUUUGCCAAAAAGCACCCUGCGGUUGCCGAGCGGCCUCGCGGAGCCGCUGUCAGGCCGGGGCAGCCCGGCGGAGCAGGAAGUGCAGCGGGCCUGGGUGCGCGCCCAGCCUGCCGCAGUUCCGCCUGGGCUGCGCCGGAGGCAUGGCACGGCUCUGCCCGGCUGCCCCCCUGCUGCUGCUGGGCACCCUCCUGGGGACGGGGGCCCCCCUGAUGCCCGGCUCCCCGCUGCCGCCGGGCCCCAUCCUGCUGCUGGGCUCCCUGCUGCUGCCCGGCCGGACGGCGCUGGCAGGGGACCACGUACCCGCGCUGCUCUGGUCAUCUGCGAGAUCCCAGUGGAAUCCACAGCCUGCUUUGCAUGAAGGACACAUUGUCUCAGCACAGGAGCUGGCUGUACUCUUGCAACCUGUUUUUAGCCCCCGUCCCAGAAAUCUUGUUUUGUUCCUUCAAGAGACCCUUAGCAUAGAUGAUUUCACAUACUACAGUGAAUCCUAUGGUAACAAGAAUCCAUUUCAAAAUGUUCAGGAAAUUCUUCAGUCUUCUCCUUCAUCUCUAGUUUUGCCUGCUGUUGACACCAAGGCUACCAGGCAUCUUUUGAGCUUUCUCCAGGAGUCGGGAGAUUGGAAUUUAACAAACAUGACAAAUCUCGACAUCUCUCACCUGGAAGCGAAUACAUCUAAACCAAACUUACUUGUGGUUCAGCUACAACCGCUUAUCAGUGGCUUAAGUGAGAUUUCCACCCUGGAAGCAAUGGCUGAAAAUGACAACAUAAUUGGAAGACUGACCAUGGAUCUGGAGGAACGAGGGAUUCAUUUUUCAGCAAUUUAUACUGCAGUGAGACCUUCAAGGAUUUCUAGAAGAACUGAAACGAUGUGGAAUUUAAGACGACAGUUAAUGGCCACUGAGGAAGAAGACAGCUUACCAUAUCCUCCUGUGAAUGUGACCAUUGGAAAUAAUACUUGCAUCCUUUUCUAUGCUGGUAAUUUCAACCUCAAAGCCAACAACUCAGUUUUUAUAGAUUUGACAAAUGCAACAUUUGUAAUCCCGAAUGUGGACAUUUCUUCCUCUAAGUGCUCAGACAUCAACACAACACUGUCAUUAAAAUACACAAAGCCUGUGAAUGGGAUCAACAGCCUAGAGAUAAGGUUUAUAAUGACCAACAAGUUCUAUGGAGGCUCAGCUAGAAAUUGGUCCACUUUGGAUUCAGUUGAGAUUGUACAAGAUGAAGAAAAAAUUGCUAGGUUUAAUGUUUCUGUCAUCUCUGCUCCUGCAGAGUAUUCAUUUCAUUGUCAGCUGGUGGGAACAAGCAGUCUCUAUCCUGCAAGGCUGAUUCCAUCCAACAAUGAAGCAAGAAACUGGGAUGUUUUCAUUUCCAGGUUCCAACUUCAAGGAUUCAACGUGGAAAACAACCAGUUCUCUUACGCCAGUGACUGUACAGGUUUCUUCUCUCCUGGAAUCUGGAUGGGCUUGGUGACAUCUACAAUUUUACUGUGGAUCCUGGCCUAUGGAGUCCACAUGAUCAUGCAGCUCACAGCAAACAGCAGAUUUGAUGAUCCCAAAGGUCCAGCUCUGUCAGUUCCACAGACAGAAUAGCCAUGGAUUGAUUUAGUGCUGCUUCAGAUUCUCCUGGGCUGAUAUUUAUGAUUUUUAUAACCCUUCUACUUUACAGUAUAUGUAUCCUAAAAAGAUAUCAUCGCAGAAUGGGAUAAUUAAACUACAUAUUAAAAGUACCCUUAUGUUUGGCAAUAGAAAUAAUUCUGCUUGUUAUUACUGUGAUUUUUUAUUAACUGUGUUAAGGUCUGACGUGAGGUUGUCAAGGUUAUUACUCUCUCUGGCUAUUAGAAAGACCAGUACAAGCUGCCUUCAGAUUAUAUAUUUUUGGCAAAGAAAGAUUAUCACAACAGAGAAAAACGGGAAGGAUUUAUAAAUAACUUAUUCAAUAAGAAAUUAAACUUAUUAUCAUACUAAGUAUGAUUAAAUGUGCAAUGCAGAGAAUAUCUUAACAGAGAUAAGGUAAUUUUCUUAGCAUUCUUCUUUUUUUCUGGGUAUAUUUGGAGUAGUUUUGAAGUUUGUACAGAAAAGGAGAAAAAAAGCUAUAAAGUCACUAGAAGCACUGUGCUAAGGUACUGUUUAAGUCUGAGCAUGUUUAUGGUCAUCUCACUGAUUCCAGAAGUCUGAAAACACUCAGUUUGAUGAAUUCUUUUGCAUAUAAUAAAGAUACUAGAGCCUCUCACUGGGAAA